AUAUAUAUAUAUAUAUAUAUAUAUAUAUAUAUAUAUAUAAUAUAAGUUCUCAAUAUUCUAUACGUUCUCAAGUUAGUACCAUCAUAAUGACCAACAUUAAAAUACAGUACCGUAGUAGGCGUAAGUAGUAAGUGUUCAAAAUUAGGCAGAGAUUUUAGUCCUUGUAUUUUCAAUAUUAUUGUAACACAGUAUGAACAUUAAAAAUGUGCUUGAAUAUAGGAUUAAAAAAAAAAAAAAAAAGCUGUACAGUAGUCCAUCGCCAUACCGCGGUUCACUUUUUGCGGUUUCGCUGUAUCGCAGAAUUUGAACUCGUAUAUCGAUGCAUGUUUUCCACAUGGACCAUUCCUGUAGACUUGGGUAACAAUAAGCUUAACAAUAAGGAGGAAAAAUAGAGUUUGGGAUCAGUUCACACUUAUAAAAAAAAAAAAAAAAAAGAUAAACUGCAAUAUGUCUACUGUAAAGUAGAACUGGCUUACACAACUGCACAUCAACCGUAAAGUCAACAUUAGCUGAAUGCUAAUAAUAAAGCCUACCACUGCUAGUUAGAAGGCAUUGUAAUCCCCCCGAAGGUGGUCAAGGACAGACAACAGCCGCUAACGCAAUCAAUCACUUUAUUGGACAAAUGGUAAACCAUAAGUUAAGCACAUUCAUCCAGGAGCUGCCGACGGCCUCGACUUGCAGAGUAACUCAAGAACAGGCAGACUGGUUAAUGGUUAGCCACGUAACAGCCGGCGCUAGCUAUCUUGAGCCGACAGUCACCUGCGCUAACUAUCGCUGGCCCGAUUGCCGGUGUGUGUGCGCCCUGCUUCAGACGCAGCCGCGCACAGGAAGUGUGGAGGAGGAGGAACAUCGGUGUUGUCUAAGUGUGCUACUUUUCAAUUCCAGAAAUAAUGGACGAAUCCCAUUUCAACUCGUCCUACUUUUGGUCUCCCGUCCCCAGUGUACAAGGACAGGUAGAGACAACCUUAUUGUUGGCCUUGUCUUGAAUGCACAUGGUGUCGUGGCAUGUUUUCCGUGUCCCAGGAUUCCUUGCAGUUUUAUGUCCAUGUCGAUGCUUCCGCUCUGCCACGCACGCAACCCGCGUCAGUCAUGUGACUUCUUUGACGGUGCCGCCAGUCACAUGAUCACUCCUGUCCGGGGUUGCAAAGGGGUGGAACAUUUCUGAUCGAGAGCGCCAUGUUCCUGAACAAAACCAAGGAGCAGCUCGGCGCCGAGAAGCCCGGCGUGCCGGCGUUCCCGCACUCGGCCGCGUCUUCCUCCGCCCCGCACUACCCCACGGCGGUCCUCGCCAUCCCCGGCUCGGUGGAGGCGGGGGCCGGGCUGCGGGUGGUCACCAAACAGGAGGGCAGCGGCUCGGCCGCAGGAGGAAGUGCGUCUGUGGGCGGACACCUGCACCAGUCGCACACUUCGCAGAACGUCACUGUCGUGCCUGUUCCCUCCUCGGGAAUCAUGACCGCAGCGGGCUUGGUCAUCACCACCCCACAAGGCACGCUGGUACCCACUGCUUCCACGCAGUCUUUUGUAGCCGGACCUCACUCUGCCACCACCAUGAUUGUGUCUGCAGUGCACCCCUCAAACGCAGAUGGUGGUGGUGCUGUGUUUGUGUUUGCAGACAAGAAGAGCGACAUGGCGGGGCCCCCCGCCGUCGUCAUGUCGACGCCGGGCAAGCGAGGCAGGAAGAGCAAGCAGACGAUGAGCAGAGCGAGCAGCAUCCUCCCCCCAGGAAGUGACGCGUUAAUAUUGGCGCACCUUGCCGCCACCGGGCAGCAUCACUCUGCCGAUCCUUACGACCUGUCCAACGAUGAGGACGACCACUCCAGUAAAGAGGGGCCCAAAUCCUACAGGUGUCGCAUGUGCGCGGUGACCUUCUUCAGCAAGUCCGACAUGCAGAUCCACGCCAAGUCGCACACGGAGGCCAAGCCCCACAAGUGUCCCCACUGCUCCAAGUCCUUCGCCAACUCCAGCUACCUGUCGCAGCACAUCCGCAUCCACAGCGGGGCCAAGCCCUACAGCUGCACCUACUGCCAGAAAGCCUUCCGGCAGCUCAGCCACCUGCAGCAGCACACACGCAACCACACUGAGGCCAAGCCCCACAAGUGUCCCCACUGCUCCAAGUCCUUCGCCAACUCCAGCUACCUGUCGCAGCACAUCCGCAUCCACAGCGGGGCCAAGCCCUACAGCUGCACCUACUGCCAGAAAACCUUCCGGCAGCUCAGCCACCUGCAGCAGCACACACGGAUUCACACCGGUGACCGGCCGUACAAGUGUAACCAUCCUGGCUGCGAGAAAGCUUUCACUCAGCUCUCCAACCUGCAGUCUCACCGUCGGCAGCACAACAAGGACAAGCCGUUCAAGUGCCACAACUGCAACCGCGGGUACACGGACGCCGCCAGCCUGGAGGUGCACCUGUCCACGCACACCGUCAAACACGCCAAGCUGUUCUCCUGCGGCCUCUGCAACCGCUCCUACACCUCGGAGACGUACCUGAUGAAACACAUGAGGAAGCACAAUCCCGAAACGGCGGCCGAGCAGGCCCGGGGCCUCGGCUCGGGCGGCCGGGGGCGCGGGCGCGGCAGGGGCCGAGGUCGAGGGGGCCACCUCCAAGGGCAGGCCAACCCCAACGCCGGCGGCCAGAACCCCAACGCCGGACCCCCCGGCGGCUACCAGCAGCCCGGCGAGGGCGUCAUCCCCUGUCCCUUCGAUCUCCACCAGUACAAGACGGUGGCGGCCGGCGAGAUCCAGUACAAACCCGGAACCGUGGCAGACCACAAAGACCUCUGCCUCACCGUGUCCACGUCCGCCAUCCAGGUGGAGCACAUGAACUCGUAGGACACAAGACUUACUCCGUGUAAAAAGUCUUUAAAACGUAGUCUGGAAAAUUCAACAAAAAGACUGGCUUUUCUACGUGUGCGUCGGCGUGGCUUUCAAAGGGAUUUAUCAGGUCUAAAGAUGCGCAGUGUUUUCACAACUGGGAAGAAGAAGCUUUAAUGCAGAGCGCGGCCCGAGGAGUCCGAUUUGUUCGCCGAGUGCCUCGUUCCUGCCGAAAUAGGAAGCGGCUCCCGAAUCUCCGAUGAGGCGGGAGACUUUUCCGCAAAUGUCACCUCGGGUCCUGAGUUGUGGUUUAUCCUCGUUUACCUGAAGGAGCAGCUGGCUCGCCAAUACAGAAGCUACCCUACAAGGUGGGCCGGAAUAAAUGACUGACUUGUUUUAAAUUAAUUUAUUGACGCCAAAAUCUUAUCAAAACAAAGGUGUGUAUACAGUCAGCUGUUUAUCGCGGGGGGGAUAAAUUCCAAACCUAACGCGUGAUCGCUGAAAAUCUGUGAUACAGAGCAGUGUUUCCCUCGCCUUUAUUUAGCCCAGGCACCAAUUUUUAUCAUGGCACACCACCAAAUAAAAAUAUCACACAAGUAUAUAUACUGAAAUAACAACUCUCUCAUCUCAAUUUACUCAUAAAUUUACUCAUAAGACAUUUGUUCUGCCCGUGACUAUAAGUCGCUGGCGUUGAGAGAAAUAGAUUUGUAAUAAUAAAGUCAUUUUCAGACACAUUUAUUGGAAUUGGAUAAUUUUCUGCAGAACCCCUGAUAUAUUAUUUUUUUUUAGUUUCACCCCUCCCACGUGCUGUAAACACAACCAAACCGUAUCAUUUCAUCGAAUGCAAGUCCGCUAACUUAAUGCUAACAUAUCAUGCGAAACACACUAGACGGGCUAACAUCGACAUUAUGUUGUGCAUCUUCAUUUUUAUAGUGUUGCCAUCGUAAAAAAAUAAAUUAAAAUAGUGCCACUUAACCAGUCAGCUACAUUUAAGUUUGUCUUGAAAUUACUAUUCUUUUAAAAAUAACACUUGCAUAGAUGUAAAUUUGGAAAUAACAAUGUUCGUCGAGAGGAGCUAGCGAGCGCAAUGACGGCUCGAUGAUUCACCCCCAAAUAAUUUGGCAAAUUUAUUUCGGGCGCGUGGAUCUAACUGGUUGCCUUCCGCAUUAAUCGGUCUCAAAGAAGUUGCUUCUAGUUCCAGAACCCAGUUUAUAGUAAUUUUCAACAACUGCUAAUUAACACACGGAGCAGCAGCAUUCAAAGCGAGCAUAUAACAAUAACAGGCAUAUAUUCCAACGGCGCUAAGUAGGGUAGUGUCUGCGGCAGAGCGGAGGAGAAUCGUGUUUUUGGCCGCUCAAAUGGACCGUUGAGGGACAUCUGCCGAAUGCCCUAAAACCACGCGGGGCUUAUGAACUAAGCACUUGACGAAGCUUUGUACUUCACCUUCUACGUUUGUCAGCUGUACUUUUUUAAUAUGUGCGUAUUUUUCUACCAAGCAGUGGAAGGUGAAAGAGCGUGAAUGUGGAAAGAACAGUGUUGUUGUUGUUGUUGUUGUUGUUGUUACUAAUAGAAGCGUUUGUGAUCCUGCGUCGGAACAUUUUGGCAACCAGUUGUUUGGGGAAUAGUGAUUGUAUGACAAAAUGGCUGACAGGUACUGUUAUGGUUCAUCUUUUUUUUUUUUUUUUUUUUAAAUAAGGCUUUUUCCAUGCAUAUAACCUCUUCCAGUACAACUGUAAUGCAAAUGUUACCCACACUAUUAUCAAACUAAAGGCAUUAUUAUAUGGCAGUAUGCUGUACAUAAGUUUUCUGUAAAAGGGAAGCAUGUCCUGUGAAAAACUUUUUUUUCCUUUUUUUUUAAAGACACGAUUAUAACAAACAACCUGUGAGCUUUGGAGCUUAAACCCCCCCCUCCCCAAAAAAAAAAUUUGAAGUUGUAUUAGUGAUAUUCACUCAAAUUAUGUUUGGACUGUAACUACCAACAAGAUUGAUAGUAUUGGGGAAAUCAGUAAAUACAAUUUACAAUAUAUUUUUUUGUUUGCCUCGACUAACGCAUUUUCCCUCCGUGUAUCCAUUGCCGUCUUACGAUGGAAAAAAAAAAUGAAUUUACUAUUCAUGUCAUGGUUGAUGCUAACACAUUGAGCUGUGCUACUACGCUACUCUUUAGCAUACUGUAUGCUCAUCACCUGAUCAGACGUCAUGAGAAUAAAGUUG